AUGCAAAUUGCUUUGCUAAUCAGAUUCAGAGUUGUCAUUGCAUCUUAUCUGAAAGAACUCCGCAACUGCAGAACAUUUCAUCACGUGCUGCUGUCACCCUCAAGUGCGAGGUUGGGCGGGAAAGAAACGACGCGACGUGAAAUGAAAAAAAUGACGUGCGCUGCGCGCGCCCGUGCAUUUCGAGGAGCUGUGCGUCCGAGCAGCGCCGUCCCGUGCGUCACGCAGCGGACGCAGGAAUUCUCGCCCGCCGCGCUAAUUGCUCCUAAUCCGCACGUCCUGAGCACUUAA